AUGCAUGAGAACAAUGAUCAGCAAUUGAGGCAAACGCAAAUUUCUCCAGACCGCACCCUCUCUUCCCGCCAGUCAAGUACCACAGGAUACGAAGAGAUGGAACGACUUGAUACAACUCGCCCAACUUCCCGUGGCCGGCGUCUACUGAACUUGUUUGGGAAGUUUUCCAAGGAAUUGAAGAGUCUUGCAGUGGACGAUGAGAAUUUGGAAGUCGAUAAUCUACGACUGCGCAACAAGCUGAAUCAGCAGGAUACCUCUCUUCGAAAGCAAGAAGAAGCCCUGGCUGAAGCUUCCAAAACAGCCCGUGAUCACGAACGCAAGCUUACGGAAGCGCAACAAUCGCAUGCUGAGCACAUUCGCGAACUUCAACGUGAGAUAUCGAUCCUGAAAGAGCAGGUCUACGAGCUGGAAAAGGAAAAGGCCUCAUCUCGUGCAGUGGCAAACAGCACCAAAGUCUCGGACACCGUCAUCCUCGAUAUCUGGAAAAGAAUGGCCUACAACAUCCGCUCUCUCGCCAACACAGUUCUCACACGAUGCCCCGAGGAGGAGGAGAUGUUGUUGGACUACCGAUACAACAAUGAAACGGCCCUACAGACGACGCCUGCGGAGUACAAGCUGCUAGCGGACGAGAACACCAGAUCGGCCAUUGUGGAAUGCUACAUCUGGCGUUCCAUCUGCUGUGGCGUUUUUGGCAGCGGCCACCAGCGGGAGCAGGCCGGGGCCUGGGGAGGGAUCGCGGGAAACACACUCCAGGCUCUAUGUCGUAUCCUACUCCGUAAGCAUAGCCAUCAGAAACAGCUACUUUCUUCAAGAAUCAAGCUGAUGGAAUCUACUUGGGGCUAG